AUGCCGCGCUCCUUCCUGGUGAAGAAGAUCAAAGCGGACGGCUUCCAGUGCAGCGGGGUGUCGGCCCCCACCUACCACCCCUUGGAGACCGCCUACGUGCUGCCUGGCGCCCGCGGGCCUCCCGGGGACCCCGAGUGCGGCAAGACGUACGCCACGUCGUCUAACCUGAGCCGCCACAAGCAGACGCAUCGCAGCCUGGACAGCCAGCUGGCGCGCAAGUGCCCGACUUGCGGCAAGGCCUACGUGUCCAUGCCCGCGCUCGCCAUGCACGUGCUCACGCACAACCUACGCCAUAAGUGCGGUGUGUGCGGCAAGGCUUUCUCGAGGCCCUGGCUGCUUCAGGGCCACAUGCGCUCGCAUACCGGCGAGAAGCCCUUCGGAUGUGCGCACUGCGGCAAGGCCUUCGCCGACCGCUCCAACCUGCGCGCGCACAUGCAGACGCACUCGGCCUUCAAGCACUACCGUUGCCGCCAGUGCGACAAGAGCUUCGCGCUCAAGUCAUACCUCCACAAGCACUGCGAGGCCGCUUGUGUGAAGGCUGCAGAGCCACCACCCCCCGCCGGCCCGGCCAGCUGAGUCUCCACCUUCCGGGCUAGCGCAGGCGCCCAUAGGGGCUUCUCCAACACCCCUCCCCCGUCUGCGUCCUCGGGGAGGGGGUGACACCCAUCUUGGCCCAGAACUUUAUUUUCCAUUCCUCCCCCAGCCUCACCACUCAUUUCCUGCACCGGCUCCCCCAGCGCACCCCACCCACACCUUCCUUUCCAGCCUCCACUCGGACCUUGACCCCACGUCUGGCCUUCAAGGCUCCCAACUCAGGCACCAGGUCCGCACCUUCCCGGCUCCCAGCAUUGGAAAUUUCUCCUACCCAGUCUCUAGGGCUGCUUUUCUAACUUUAGAUCUCACUUCUCAUCGGAGUCACUGACCAUUCCUCUGCUGGAACCCUGAUUCUAAGGCCCAAACCCUUGACUCAGUUUCCCUGGCCAUACCUGAACCCAACCCCAGACCAUCCCUCGGGCCUCUGCUGAGUUUUCUGUGUGUGUCCGUCAGGGAAUCUAAUUCUCAGCCUUGGCGUCCCUCCCCUGCACCUCCAUGCUUGGGCCUUCGUAAGCCCAGCCAUUCACACAGCCGGAUCCCACCUGACAUUUCCACCCUGUUCAGCCUUCUCGGACCUCAUUACCUGUCCCACUACCGGUUCCCUCUAGUAGCGCUCAGCCCUCAGAGUUCUAACCUGAAGCAGACUUGGGAGGCAGUCCAAGGCCCUGCCCCAUUCAGGUGAACCCUCUAGACCCAGGAUAGUCCCUUCCUACCCUCAGACCUGGAGUUGCUCUCUCCCAGAUUUUCUGAGCACUUUCCCCCACCCCAGGAUCAAGGUUCCUCUCUGCCUUUGCUGGGGGCAGCGUGGAGCACCUCACCCAUGGACCCUUCUCUUUGUCCGGCUGGGCCCCUUCAGUUAUUUAUUUGUGUAUUUAUUUAUUUAUCUAUUUAUUAUUCUAUUUAAUCUCUUGGCUUCACCCAGGGAUUGUCUGGCUUCCCCAGCUGGACUGGGAAGUCAGGGGAGGGACGGGAAAGGCCAUAGCAGGCUGCUCCUACCCUCAUGAGUUUAGGGAGAAGCUCUACCCUUAUGGAGCCUGAACUCCGUAGGAAGAGGCCUGGAGAAUUGGGGCUGGGGCCGCUGAUCCUCAGCUGGCCAGGGAGUGGGCAUCAGGAGGUCCUCACUCAGGGCAUGUCCCUGGCCUCCUGAGCCUUCCACUCUUGCCCCAGGGAGCCCCAAGAGAGGAGCUUCCUCCUUUGUUUCUUAUUUAUUCCUCUUUUUGAGGGACCCCAGGUUCCAGGGACCGACUGAGCCCCGGACCCCGCUGGGGCCUUUGGCCUAACCCCCCCCCCCCCCCCCCCGGGAGGAGCGCUCUCUCCCGACCAUCACUAUGCAACUCUCCCAGGCAGAGGGGCCGGGACUGCCAGCCACGCGCCUGUUGGCCACCACUACCUCCUCCACCGCGCUUUUGCAUGCCCGGGCGAGGACUGAAGCACACACUUACACGCGCAAGGGCCCGGCCCCCUCUGCUUUAAGCACAUGCCUCUGCCCACAUCCCUCUGCGUCCCCUUUGUGGGCACUGGAGUCCUGAACACUCAGACCUCCUCCCUCAACCCCCUAGCCACAAAAGAGGGAGGAGACAGCUCCAGAGGCCUCUCUCUAGGUCUUAAGGGCGAAGCUUCCUCCUGGUCCAGGCUCUGUCCUGGGAGGCUGCAGGGAUGGUGGGGGGGGGGGGUCACCGGAAGCAGUUAUGGAGGGUGCUGACCCUGUAAAUAGGAACUUCUGACAGCAAUAAUUCCCCAUGCAUGCUAAGCCUUUUGGUCCCUCCCUCCCCAGCCCCAACUCACCCUCUGACCCCUAUCCCUACCCCACCUUCAGCAGUAUUACUUGUAACGCAAUUCAGGGAUAUUAAAGGGACUUU